AUGGGUCAAGCUACCAAGCAAACGAGGAAAAAACACAUCUACGGGUACGAUUUAUACAGCGAGGAUGUCCGCCAAUACUCCAGUUUGAGCGAUAUCAGGACCGUGAAGUCUGCUGUGGCAAAUAAUAUACGUGAUUACUUGUGCCAUACGGACGCGUUCGAGGUAACCCCAAAUUGCGAUAAAAAUACAAUCCUGUAUUAUGUACUGGUCUCAAUAUCUUCUCUUAUUGCAAUUACCUUGUUUCUGGGAAAAGAUGUGCUAAAGUUGUACGACUGGAUUACCUACACACUUCUUGGCAUAUGUGCUAUUUGUUGCCCACUGGCGUACUUGUGCGACUUUGGGCAGGAUGCGGAGAGUGUGGCAUUUCUUGGUACCGGAUCUCCUCUACAUGGGGUUGAGUUACACAACAAGGAUUAUAUUCGCGUACUGAAGGGACGCCGGCUUUGCGUUCGCGUUCGAGAGGUUCCCAAUUCAUCAAAACUGUCUAUUGAGGCACAGUUGGUUGGGCCCGCGCGUUUGUUUGCUGCCCCCUGUGUUUACUUCUCUGUUUCCAGGGAGGCGCCGUACGGCAGGUAUUUUAGCAAAGAUGGAUAUUUCUUUCCACCGGCGUUGGUGGAGGAUGUUGAAAUACUGUUGAAGUCGCUGAGGACUGCCCUGUUGAAAAAGAAGCAAUAG